UGGGUCAACGCACGAAACAAAACGAAAUGGUUGAGUGAAAAUUGUAUUUUGCGGGUCUUUUAAAACCCAUUUUUUUGUAUUCUUGGUAGGAAACACAACCUCUUGAAUUAUGGAUGAUUUGCAGAGUGAUAGAAAAGAAGAUGAUGAUGAUGAUGAUGAUGACAAUGAUGAAAUUAUCAUAAUAGAAAACCCUAAUCCCAAGCCAAAACCACCAUUGAUUGUACUUUGUGAAUCUGACGAUGACGAAGAGCCAGAAAUAAAUAGAGAGAGCAAAGAUAUCAUAUCACUCGAUGAUAGUCUUAUCAGUCCAGAUAUUAUAGAUAUAGUAUCUGAGCCAGAAGAUGUGGACCAAAAUGACAAUUCAARCGUGGAUAACACUAUAUGUUCAAACAAAUCCUCCUGUUCUAGUUAUAUUCCAUCAUCAACAUCAUGUAUCAAUCCUAUGCCAGAUUAUAUCCCUUUAGAGUUACCAGACUCCUGUGAUACUGAUUCAUCGUCAAACAAUCAUGCAAUUACUGCAUUAGAUAAAAAUAAGAGACUGUUAAAGAAAUGGUAUGAAAAGUUUAAAACAAAGAAUUCCAGGUUGUCGUCACAUAAAUCAAGUUACACAUGUCCUGAGUGUAGAGCAGAGCUAUCCACUGUUAAGAUGUUGGACAGGCAUGUUCAGUCUCGACAUCCAAGUAGUAUCCAUAGAUAUCAACACAAUAACACUAAUGCGRAACUUGGAAGUGAAUGUCAUAGCAAUGGAAAUGCAUCACAACAACGUUUAAAACUUAAUCCUCUAAAAAGCCCUAUUUACACCGGUAGUGCAACAUGUUCUAGUAUCUCUAAUACAAGUACAUGUACGUUAACCAAGAAUGAUCAAGAACCCUCUAAGAUUGCKGCAUUACCUUCAUUAGUUAAUAGAAGAACUGUUGUCCAUCAAAAUGACAAAGUAUCAACAGCUACUAAUACUACAUCUGGAAGAUCCUCCACAACUGAUGGUAUUAAUACAAUCUGUCGGCCAUUAACGGUGGUUAUAUAUUCUCCUAACAGUGAACGAGGUGGAAAUGAUAGAUUUGUUCAAAUUAGUCCAUUAUCGAGUGAUAGACAAAAUAUGAAGGGCAAUGAAGCAAGAUUAGUCAAUGGUAAUGGGAAUAAGCAAAGUGAUGUUAUAGAAUUGUUUGAUUCACCUUGCCRAGACCCUGCUGCUGUUAUUGCCAUAGAUGAAAUGACAAGAAGAAGUGAAUCCAUAAGUACUAGUCCUUGUAGUGUUGGACCUCCUCCAUUCAAAAGACAAAGGCAAGAUCCUCUGAUCCUGCUUUCAGAUGAUGACAAUAAUGAACAAAAAGCUACAAGAAAACCUGCAAAAAACAACAAGAAAGACAAUAAGGGAAAAGGGAUACCUAUUAAGAAAACAUUUUCUUGCUAUAUGCAUGGAAAGACAUUCGCUACACUAAAGGCAUUAUUACAACACAACAAAGACAAACAUAAACAURAAACUAGCACUAGUAAACUAGUAAAGGGAAAGAAAAGGUAUUCCCUGAGACCAAGAAACGAUUUAAAUGUCCGCCCAUUUCCUUCAUCGUCUCCCCCCUCCAUGGAUAAGCUGAAGACAAUGAAACAUAUUGUCAUGAUUGAUAUUGACAACUGGCAGAAGAUCUUUGAUUCAGACCUGACGUUCUCUCCAUCUACAUUUGUGUGGGGUUUUCACGGAGGAUCUACAAGCUGGAGACCACMUGUUUCUUCAUCCCUGCUGAACAACUUACGAAGAAUGAACUGCUUUUACUUGCACCCUAAAUGUGGCAGGUCUAAAGAUGCUGCCGACUUUGCUCUAUGUGUCCAGGCAGGAAAACUGGAUGUUCUGCUGCCAAAAGAAAUCAUUUUUACUGUACUCUCAGGUGAUAGAGGAUUUAAUGAGCUACAAAACCAGUUGUCUUUGUCYAAGAGAGAAGUGCAUAUAGUCAACCCACACCAUAAGACUAUUGACACUGUUCUUACUAUCCUUAAUAGUAUUGCAGACAGAUGACCAUCAUUGUCAUUCCUAUGGUACCACAUCUCACUUCACCCCUAGAGUAUUUCCUAU